CUGUUUGUAUUAAAUGGAUUUCAGUUGUAGUAGUAAUCCGCAGCAGAAACAUAUUGGAUUGUAAGAGCUGUUUUAGCCGUAAGUUGACCAUUUUAUGUUUUUUGCUCUUUGGCAGAUUGGCUCUGAGUGUACUGCCUGAAACAGAUAUUAGCCAUUCCCAAUCCCCCUCAGACUCUGUAGACACCCAGAGCACUAUCCACGCUUCUCCACUUUCCCCAUCCCUCUCUACUGAUCCGUUUGAGUCUUUUGGUAUGUUUUCUGAUCUUCAUUCUUCUCUGGCACCUGCUAAACCUCCGAGAACUUUCAGUGAGUUAAGUGAGUCCAGCAUGGAAAACCUCUCAGCUCCCAAAUCUGACAAGAAGCGAAAGGCUCCUCUACCCCCCGGUUAUCAUGGCGGCGCAUCUAUGACUGAAAGCCAUCCUGAUGAUGGGGAACAAGCGCAUACCCAGAACUCCAAAGAUAGUCAGAGGCCUGUUAUUCCUCUCCCAGACUAUGAGACCCUCUUUCCUAAGAAGAGGCAUGGGGUGAUGGGUCAGACACGUUGGGACCAUCUUGUUGCAGAGGUAAACCAGAGAAACUGGGAAGAGAUGAAUGUUGAUGGACCUGAGAGACCGAUGCCAAAUAAAUCUGCGGUCUUAAGGGACAGAACCUCAGUGAACCUUAACCAGCACCAAAUAAAUCAUGAGGCACCUCCCCCUGCCCCCACGAGGCACAAAGAAGCACUCAUUCCACCCAAAGCUCCUGCUCCUCCGACACCAGAACCAUCGGUCGAGACUAAUGUCCAACGUGGUCAUAUCAAAGAGUCUUUAUAUGCUACUGUCAAUAAGUCUGGAAAAUCUGCUAACAAGAACUUGAAAAACAAUCCACCUCCCCCUGUCCGUAGUCGGCAUGUGCCUCAGGAGACAGAAAGGAAGUCUCCAACACCUGAUGCCAUUACUCAUCAACUCUCCCAGUCAAAAGAGAAGCCUAUGCCAGCAGCCAGAUCCAUUCAAAAUGAAAAUUCAAAGACUGAUGAUGUGGCUAAAGAGAUACCUUCUGUCAAACCCAGACAACAGUCAUUAGUCAAGGACCCAGUCAAACAAGUCCAACCAGACAAGCAGGCAACAACUAAAACCAUGGCAUUAGAAAACAACAUAGAUGAGAAACCACACAAGGGCCAGAAGGGAAGCAUUUCCACAGAUGGGUUUGUUGAAGUAGACCUCCUCAGAACUGCUGAAGAUCCAAAAGAUCUGCAUUUGGGGAAACUGGGUAGUGAACCUGAGGGGAAGGGAAUGAUUGCUCUCGAUCCAUUCCCAAGUGAUAACCUACUAUCUAAAGAUCCCUGGGCUUUACCACAGCAGACCACCAAUGAAGAUGACCUGUUCAUUAAGGGUCCAAAGCAAAUGGGAAAUCUUGAAGAUCAGACAUCAACCUUUGAUAAGAAAGAUAACAAGUCUGCAAACAAAGCUUCAAAUGAUCCAUUCACAAAUCUUUCAGAGAAAAGCACGGCACCGAAAUCAGAGCAUGGAAAACAAUCCCCCAGCUUCACUGAACAAGCCAGAGCCACAUUUCAAAGAAAUUUUUCUCUUAGAAAGAAAAAUUCAUCUCGCCAAUACACAACUAGUGAAAAAGCUGGUACAGAGAAUACUAGUCUGGAUAGAUCAGUUUCUCAGUCUUCACAAGAUGCCGAAGAUGUUGAGCUGACUGUAACCAGUGUUGCUCCACCAAGCAGAACUGAUCCCACACUAGUAACAUCUGAAUCCCCUAUAGGGGGCAAGAGUACUCUUCGUGCUUGGGUCUCGCCAUCAGAAGCUCAGCCGGUUGCACUGCAGAAUGGUAGUGGAAGUGCAGUUUCUAAUUCAAGAAGGCCUCACCCAGUGAAACCCAUGAGCACCGAGAGCCAGUCUUCCAGUGUUAUCACUGUGGGGAAAGACCCGAAGACUACCACCAUCAAGGAAAUGGCUGAGAAGUCAAAGAAUAUAGACCGCGGUGCAUACACUCAGCUCUCACAGGAGGAACUGAUCACACUGGUGGUAAAGCAACAGACCGAACUCUCCAAGAAAGACGCCAACAUCGUCGAGUUAGAGGACUACAUUGAUAACCUGCUCGUUCGUGUCAUGGAGGAGAAACCGGCCAUCCUGCUUUCACUUAAUUCCAAAUGUUAGGGUUUGAUGCUAUCAUUCAAUGUAACCGUGCCCAGAUCACAACACUGAGACACUUUAAUAUUGUGGGAUUUUGUUGAUACAGCCAGAAGGAUUUCGAACGCAAUAUCACAUCUCAUAAUCAGUUUAUUUGCUUGAGUAUUUAACGCAUGUAGAGAUGCUGGUAUAUGCGCAUUCUGAUUUCUCCACCAAUAUCUUACAAAUAACUUCUUUUUGCAGUGUGGAUAUGUAUAGUAUAUCAAAUCCAGCAGGGAAAUGCCAGAUUUCUGCAGUCUGUCAGAUCACCCUUUAAUAACUGGAUGCUGGGGUAUUGUUUUUGUUUUGUUGGAUCAUGGUACAAGCUCCUCCUGAAAAGCUUCCCAACAACAAACGCAUCCUAUUUAUUGAUUUUCUAUGCAUCUUUCCAUUUGAGAGAGGGCUUCUUAAUGCAUUAUUUAUUGCAGUCUUAAGCUUGUAUUUGAAGAUUUUCCUUCUUCCUGAAGUGAUUUAGAACUUGACUGCUGCCUUGAGUCUUGAUCAGAACGCUUCGUUAGUGUUGAUGCGGCCUUAUGUCUGUUGGGUCUCAAAUUAAGGUAAUAAUCCUCUGGCUGUUUAGCACUUUUUACUUGAACGGGGUGUUUAAUUUAUGAAGGAUAGUGUUUUUACAUUAAGUAAUUCUCUGAAAUACCCCGUAGAAUUACCUCUGUAGAAAAGCCUUAAUGAAGAAUGAUUUUUCUGCCUGUAUGUACCCUUCUGCACAUUAAAAACUUCUGUUCUAACACUUCUUCUGAUGUUCUAACACUGGAUAUAUAAUUCAGUUUUAUUGCCUUGGUCAAUAUUGACUACAUAUUUACAUUUUUUUUUAGUUGAACUGGCAGUCAGCUGUUGAAUCAGCCAAAAUCUGCAUGUUUGUAGCGAUUUUGACCAGGUAUUAUUAAGCAUUUCUUAAAGACGGUCUUAAGAAAGCUUGAUAUAUCAACCUCUUGAGCACAAUGUACAUACUGUGGCAUUCUGCAGUUCUGUAAUGAAUAAGCAAUAACUGUGUCUGCAGGAUUUUGUUUCCUUAAUUUCAGGAAAUGUGAUACGUUCCUCAAAUCGGGAUCUUCUGCGACGUAUCAUGUAGCCUGUAGACAUCACUGUCUGCAGUGUU